AUGGAGUUUAUCCAAGCUCUCGACAGCAACUUUUUGGUCCUUAUACAUGCAGGCGUUGCGUUUAUUACCAGUGCUUGGGUUUCUCCCACGUAUAACCUGCCAAUAUUUCUAUUCGGGAUCUACGCGCAAAACUACAUAGAGUCUCAUGAACCUCUGCGAAUGUUUGUAGGCUUCGUGGGCGUGUCGUGGCUACUUGAUCUUAUAUGGCUCUUCAACAAUGACCCUGCAACCCUCAUCAAGAUUCUCAUCAUACUCGCUUGGAUGUUGAAGAUGUUAACUUUCGCUAGCUUGUUACUUGGGCUCAGGAGAAGAUCUGGAGGUGGUCUGCCGGGACUAGGAGACUAUACACACGCCGAGACAGUAUGGAAUAUGCCAACACCAGGGGGCGCAUACACGUCGACCGGUGGCGACCGAGCAGUGGAUACCGGAAAUGCAAAGCCAUUGCCAACUGCACCAUCUCCAGCUCCAGCUCCUCCUGUUCCAACCAUGCCGCACGUUCCGCCCGCGCAACCGAUAGUACACCAUCAACAAGCACCUGCGAUGCCCGCAGCACCCGCAGCACCAGUGCCAGCUGGUGCUCCCCUCCAGGAACGUUCACCAUCUAAUAUGAUGCAGCAGGCUUGUAGAACUAUCCUGAAUAACCAUAUGCGUACAGUAACCGAAACUAGCCGCGCGGUCCGUUAUAUAUCCUUUCAUCAACCCAUUGUGUCCGAUCUUCUGUUCGAGUUCUCCGUGGUCUGCGAGCAGAGUCACUCUGCCCUUGCAGCGUGGUUUCCCGGGCGUAGGAUGGUUGAAUAG